AUGGGCCUCUUUUCUCGCAAGGAAAAGGCCCCCAAAGCCUCGGGCAAGCCAUCGAUCAACACGUCAAACGUGAGCAUCGCCUCUGGUGCUUCCAGCAUCAAAUCACCACCGCCACGCAGCACUACAAUGAACAGGUCUUCCGGAACGAGCACGACGCCCGGCACGCCUUUGACGCCCUUCUCGCCUACCUCGAUACCCAAGGUCGACUUGCCGCGUCCUCCUGACCCGCAGCUUGACCCGGCAGGAUACCUCAGGAGCUUGGGGGCGGUUAGAGAACGAAGCAAGAUUGUCACGGACAAGGCGAUCCGCAACGAAUUGAAGCACUUUGACGUGGACAUGCGCAAGUUCCCAGACGUUGUGACGUUCGUCUCUCAGAUCAUCAAGAGAGACUACGACGCCCCGUACAAUUCGAUUCCUAGCCACGGAAGACACCAGCACUUCUGUGUCGGCGGUCGUGACCGCAUUGCACAGCUUCUUUCCACAUUCCCCGAAGAUGUCGACAACAGCGAAAAAUGUCGGCGCAUGAUCGACCUCUUCCUCGUGAGUGUGCUUCUCGACGCUGGCGCAGGCACAAAGUGGAGUUACAAGAGCACCGAAAACGGACGCAUAUACCGCCGGUCAGAAGGCAUCGCCGUAGCCAGCUUGGAGAUGUUCAAGAGUGGUCUUUUCUCCAGCGACAGCAGAAACAAGUUCCAGGUUGACAAGGAGGGACUGCGCAACCUGACAGUAGAGAGGGUAUCUGCAGGCUUGCAGUCGAAACCGGGCAACGAAAUGGCAGGCAUUGAAGGCAGGACACAAUUGCUCCAACGGCUAGCAAAUGCCCUGACCGAGAAGCGGGAAUACUUUGGCGACAGCGGACGGCCAGGUCACAUGGUUGAUUAUCUCCUAUCGCAUCCCUCGACUCAAGCUUCUUCGAUGCCCAUUGUGAUUCUCCCUACAUUGUGGAAUGUCCUGAUGAACGGCCUCAUGCCCAUCUGGCCAGCUUCCCGCACCUCGAUUAAUGGCGUAUCUCUCGGCGAUGCCUGGCCUUGCCAAUCAAUGCCGCAACCUCCGCAGAGUCCGACGACUUCACAAUUCUCACCAUUCCCGCCGUCUGCCCAGAACUCGACCGCGGCAUGGGAGUCUAUUCUGCCGUUCCACAAGCUUACACAGUGGCUCUGCUACAGUCUGAUGCAGCCUAUGCAGUCACUACUUCGCAUCCAUUUUGCUGGCGUUGAACUCCUCACCGGCCUGCCUGAGUACCGCAACGGCGGUUUGUUCAUCGACUUGGGAGUUCUUACGCUAAAGGCAGGCGAUUCCGAGAGAGGCCUCGAGCACUACGACGAGUACUGCAGAAGGACAAACGUCAAGCCAGUUGAAGUUGCACCAAUGUUUGAGCCUAGCGACGACGUGAUAGUUGAGUGGCGUGGUGUCACGGUCGGCUUCCUGGAUAGGCUUUGCGCAGAAGUCAACAAGCACAUGAAGAACGACCUGAAGGGCAAUCAGUUGACUCUCGCGCAAAUACUCGAAGCCGGAAGCUGGAAGGAUCAAAUUUGCAUCUACGCCCGCCAGCACCGGGAAUCUGCCCACCUGCAUCUCCGUCGCCGAGCAGAAGGCAUGGCAAUCUUUCCGCAGUUCGGGCCGGAUCCCGAGACUUCACUGCUUCAGCAAUGCCAGUUCAUCAUCCACCGCAUCACGGUUCUACUUGAUGAGCUUGAGCAGCUCAAGGCCGCCAUCGAGAGGCGGCCAGCUUCGGGGCAUAAGCCUGUGGCGUGGAACCAGGCUGUUCCGGGGCUUGGGUUCUUUGAACGGCUUAUUGUUUCUGAGAAGAAGCAUCUUGAGAAGAUGGUGGCGGCGUAUGAUGAUGAUGGUGGCGAGGAGGAAGGAGUUGAUACCGAGGCGCUGGAUAGUCGGAUCCGGUUGAGGCUCGAUGCGUCGAAUUACAAGUUUUAUGAGACGGUGUGGGAGGUUACGAAGAGGUGUUGCGAGCUUACGGGGAUGAGGAGGGACUUGAGCUACAAGACUGUUGGCGGGAAGAGCGUGAGCGCCGUGAUUGAUUUAGUCGUGAAUGGCGGCGCGGACUGGGUCAAAGUCGUGACGACGACGGAGCGGAGGCUGUUUUACGAGAUGGCGGACGCCGGAUGGGAUUGGGAGGAGGAUUUCGAGGACGAGGGCGCGGACGAGGCCAUGUUGGAGAUUUUGAGGGACGAGACGGAGGAUAGUAUCGAGGUCGCCAAGGUCGCGAGGCACAUGGUUGCCGCGGCAAGGACGUCGUAUCAGGAUUAUCGAAGGCCGAGGGUAAGGAUACUCAUGUCGAGAGUAUCUGAGGGGGAGAAUGACGCCGUGGAUCAUUUGUUGAGGUUGGUGCGGAAGAUGGGCGGCGGGGACGUGGAUCUUGUGGUUGAGACUGCGAAUGGUCCUGGGAUCUUGACGGAGGCGACACCGCCGUUGGAGGAGGCGAUUGCGAAUCUUGUGGAGGCGGAUUAUUACAAGGAUUUCACGGCGACGGUGAAUGUGGAUUGUUCGGUGUUCAUGGCGUUGGCGUCGGAUUUCAGUCACAUGGCUAUUGGACCGGACUCGGAGCUGUUGAGGUCGAAGCAGCAUCGGAUCGACGCGACGGAUGAGGUGGAGAACGGGCCGCGGUUGGUGAAUACGCUGUACCCUGCCAUCACCGGCCGGACGCUGGUGUGUACGCGGGAGGCGGCGGAUACGUUUCUCAAGAUCGUGGGGGAUAUUGGGACGGAAGAGGAGAAGGCUAGGACGAGGAUAUUGUUUGAGAAGGGCGAGGUUCCCGAGGCAGAGGGGACAGAUCGAGAUCGCGCGCGGCGAGUGAGGUUGCUCCAGGAACUCUCUGUCUACCCUGUCCCCGAGGACCUACGCCUCCCCGUGCAGAUCGUUGACUCUGUCUCAUGGGAUGAUGCGCAGCGAAUGGUAGCGGAGGGUCAACUCCCCGCCGUCGCGCUGGCCGUCGGGAAAAAGGGGUCCGGGCUGAACGCCAUGAACGUUUCGUCGUUCCUGUACGGGUGGAAGGCGAAGCUGACGACGGUGACGUCGAACUGGGAGGCGGCCAAGAGGCUGAGGACCGUGAUCGAGACGAACCGGGUGACGGGGACGGAGGUCGGGCCGCACAUUUGGCGGAUACCGUUUUCGAGAAAGUUGCUUGCGAAGCCCAAGGUGACGCCGCCUGGUGGUGGUGAGAAGAAGGAUGGGGAGGGGUGGAGGUUGAAGACGAGGCAGGAGAGGAAGGUUGAGAAGGAGGCGAGUUUGCAGAGUUGGAUCUCGAGUGAGGGGACGGAGACGGUUGCGAAGAUGACGAUAGACGAUGGCAAAUGA